GCGGCGAAGAGGCGGCUUUUCUGAUGGAGAAUCUGUUUGAUGAGGUAGACGACCUUUUGAAUGAGGGACAGUGCAUGGAAGCAUACAAUCUACUUGAAGCUAAAUCUUUGAACAAUUUGACGAACACGGAAAAAAUGGGAUGGUUCUACCGUGCUGCAAUGGCUUGUUAUAGCAAAGCGUGCACUGAGGAAAUACACGCCGAUCGUAUCAACUGGCUUCGUAAAGCACACGAUUAUGCCCUCGAAGGACACAAUCUAGACAGAAAUGACACGGAUAUGCUCUCAGUGUUAUGUUCAGCAACAGGAAAAUUGGCAGAAGAUAGCAAUAUAUACGAAAAAGUCAAACUAGGAUUUGAAUUUCAGGAAUAUCUCAAUAAAGCGAUUGCUGUACACGCCGAUUCAUACGAGUUCCUUCACAUGAGAGGGCGACUCGCAUAUCAGAUUUCGACUUUGGGAACAGUAGAAAGAACUAUUGCUCGGGCGAUAGGCUGCCUUCCAGAAACUAGCUUGGAACAAGCUUUACAGGAUUUACUGGCGGCAGAAAGCUCUUCACCAGGUGAGAUAGAAAAUACUUUUUUUCUUGGAAAGACCUAUGAUGCAUUGGGCGAUUACAAGAAUGCGACCAUCUAUCUUGAAAAGGUGCUAACGAUAAAAACCGAUCCAAAGUGCAUGGUGGAAUUAGAAUAUGCUCAAGAAGCCAAAGUAAUUCUGAAUGGUCCAAAAUACUCUCAAGAAUCAUAAAGCUAUCAAG